UCCGAAGGACCGCCGUCAUAGAGCUGGAUUUAAGGGAAGAGAAAGAAAACACAUCUUUGCACAUAUCUUGCCCAGAAGUUCUCUUUUGUCCUGGAAAAACAACCUCGCUGGGAUUUUUUUCCCCCGCCUGGUGUCAGGCACUUCCUGGGGCAGGCCGGAAUCGAUCUGGGUCUUUCUAAGGCCGGUCGCGGAAGAUUGCGUCACGAUCGCGCGCACGCCCCGGCCCUGAUGGUGGUGGGGUCCGUUUGAGGCCGAGUAUCCAUGUCGCUGCCGCGGUACGCCCUGUGUUGGGCCCGGCUCCCAGCCCGGGUGGGUUCCGCUCUGCUGCCGGGCCGGGAGCCGGGAUCUCGGGCCUUGGGCUGGCCCGGUGGGAUCUGGUCCUCCUCGUCCUCUUCGUCUUCUUCGUCCUCGGGCGGCUCCAAGACUCCGAACACGUCCCUCUACGUUCCGCUGCCCGUGAAGCCGCUCGGACCUAGCGCCACGGGCGACGUGGGGGCCGAGCUCACGAGGCCGCUCAACAAAGGUGAAAUCAGGAAGAUUCUAGACAAAUUUUACAAGAGGAAAGAAAUCCAGAAACUGGGCACAGAUUAUGGUCUGGAUGCCCGACUCUUCCAUCAAGCUUUCAUUGGUUUUAGAAAUUUUAUCUUGCAGUCUCAGUCCUUGGAUGUUGACAUUCACAUCACAUUGAACGAUAUCUCCUUUGGUGCAGCUCACGUGGACGACCUUUUCCCAUUCUUUAUGAGGCAUGCAAAGCAGAUGUUUCCCAUGCUGGCUUGUAAGGAUGAUCUUCGCAAAAUCAGCGACUUACGCCUUCCACCCAACUGGUACCCAGAAGCCAGGUCAAUUCACCGGAAGAUAGUGUUCCAUUCAGGCCCUACUAACAGUGGGAAAACUUACCAUGCCAUCCAGAGAUACUUGGCUGCCAAGUCUGGAGUUUAUUGUGGCCCCUUGAAGUUACUGGCUCAUGAGAUCUUCGAAAAGAGUAAUAAUGCUGGUGUGCUCUGUGACCUGGUGACGGGGGAAGAGCGGGUGGUCACAGACCCAGAUGGAAAGCCGGCCGCCCACGUUGCUUGCACUGUUGAGAUGUGCAGCGUCAACUCUCUCUAUGAAGUGGCUGUGAUUGAUGAGAUCCAGAUGAUUAAGGAUCCAGCUCGAGGAUGGGCCUGGACCAGAGCACUUCUGGGGCUUUGUGCAAAAGAAAUCCAUUUGUGUGGAGAAGCUGCUGCUAUUGACAUUGUGACGGAGCUGAUGUACACCACGGGCGAGGAUGUGGAGGUUCGGAAGUACGAGAGACUCACGCCCAUCACCGUGUUGGAUCACGCUCUGGAGUCUCUGGACAACCUCCGGCCUGGGGACUGCGUCGUCUGUUUUAGCAAAAAUGACAUUUACUCUGUGAGCCGGCAGAUCGAGGCUCGGGGGCUGCAGUCGGCCGUCAUCUACGGCAGUCUGCCUCCUGGGACAAAACUUGCCCAAGCGAAAAAGUUUAAUGAUCCCGAUGACCCGUGCAAGAUCCUGGUGGCCACCGAUGCCAUUGGCAUGGGGCUGAAUUUGAGCAUAAAAAGAAUUAUUUUUAACUCUCUCAUAAAGCCCAGUAUCAAUGAGAAGGGGGAGAAGGAAAUGGAGCCAAUCAGCACCUCGCAGGCUCUGCAGAUCUCCGGUAGAGCCGGCAGAUUCAGCUCCAAGUUUAAGGAAGGGGAGGUUACUACCAUGUACCCAGAAGACUUGAAGUUGUUGAAGGAGAUUCUGAACAGACCCGUGGAGCCGAUAGAGGCAGCCGGCCUCCAUCCUACUGCUGACCAGAUCGAAAUGUUUGCAUAUCAUCUUCCAGACACGACGCUCGCCAAUUUAAUUGAUAUCUUUGUGGACUUCUCUCAAGUGGACGGGCAGUAUUUUGUCUGCAACAUGGACGAUUUCAAGUUCUCGGCAGACCUCAUCCAGCACAUCCCCCUGAGCCUGCGGGUGAGGUACGUGUUCUGCACGGCCCCCAUCAACAAGAAGCAGCCGUUUGUCUGCUCCUCCCUGUUGCAGUUUGCGAGGCAGUACAGUCGGAACGAGCCGCUGACGUUUUCCUGGCUGCGCCGGUACGCCAGGUGGCCCCUACAGCCGCCAAAAAACAUCAAGGACCUCGUGGAGCUGGAAGCCGUCCAUGACGUUCUGGAUCUGUACCUGUGGCUCAGCUACCGGUUCGUGGACAUGUUCCCCGACGCCAUCCUCGUCCGGGAGCUGCAGAAGGAUCUCGACGGCAUCAUCCAGAAGGGCGUCCACAGCAUCACCAGGCUGAUCCGCAUGUCGGAGUCCCAGCGCAUGUUGAACUUGAACACUUCCUCGGCGGGGAAGCAGGGCCUUCCCGGGGCCGCCAAGCCCACCUCGUCGGACACGGCGGAGGCCCAAAGCCUGGAGGCCGCCGUGGUGGAGGGCCUGGCCUCCAAGUCGCUGGCCUCGCGGCUGGUGCGGCAGGGGCGGCUGACCCCACACAUGCUGAAGCAGCUGAGGAAGGAGUGGCUGAAGCAGCAGAGCGAGGAGAUGCAGGACAGGCCCCAGGACAGCGGCCCCACGGGGAGGCUGAGGUUGAGGAGGAGGGACGACCCCGAGGCCGACUAGGCUCUAGGUGCGAAAUAAAAGCAACAUUUAUUUUGAAAACCUCUUUGUGAGUCGCUUGUGGUGCCGGCUGCUCUCCCUUUGGGGGCCGUGGGACAGCUGCUGGAGGGCUCUGGUCACUGCAGCCCCUCCCGCACAGUCCUAAGUAGCCAAAAGGCCUCCGACCGCCACAGGAAUUGUUCCCCUUCACCCAGAUCUUUCCGGGGUUCUCCCCCUUUCAUCCUCUUCACACGUUCCCUGUUGCCAAGUGAUGGGCACCCCCUUCUGGUCCAGGGUUGUGCUACUACAUACAGAGCUGCUAUAAAUGUUUUUGUAUCUAUG